UGUCUUCCUGUUUUUUCCAUGGUUCUCUUCUGUGAUUGGUCCAGUCUGAUGAUGUCAUCGGUUAAAGUGGAGUGCGUGAUAAAGGCGGGUGCUCUGAUUGGAGAAGGGCCGCUGUGGGAGGAGUCCCAACAGACGCUGAUGUUUGUCGAUAUCGCCGGGCAGAAAAUCCACCGCUGGAGGCCAACGACCAAUCAGAGCGAGUCUGUGGAGACAGAGGACUUUGUAAGCUUCGUGGUUCCUCGUGUCUCCGGGGGUUACCUGGCAGGCAUGGGUCGUAGCAUCGUGGCUGUUGAAUGGUCGACUCAGAUGAUGACAUCACUGGUGGAGCUGGACGAGGACAAACCGAACAACCGUCUGAACGACGGGAAGGUGGAUCCGAGAGGACGCCUGCUGGCAGGUACGAUGGGGAGGGAGAACCGACCGGCGGAGGUUCAGAGGCAACAAGGGUCUCUAUUCUCUGUGACCUCUGACCUCUCUGUGACCAAACACCUGACACAGGUGGACAUCUCUAACGGGAUGGACUGGUCUCUGGAUCACAAAACGUUUUUUUACAUCGACAGUUUGUCUCUGACCGUUGACGCUUUCGACUACGACUCAGACUCUGGACGUCUCGGUAACCGGCGUGUUGUGUACCACCUGGUCGAGGGGGAGGGGCUUCCUGACGGGAUGACGGUGGACGCGGACGGUCGUCUCUGGGUGGCGAUUUAUAACGGAGGGCGAGUCCUCAACAUCGACCCCGAAACCGGUGUGUGUCUGCAGACUGUUUCUCUGCCGGUGACAAAGACCACUUCCUGUUGUUUUGGGGGUCCGGACUUCUCCGACCUCUACGUGACCUCAGCCAGUCUUGGCCUGGACCAAUCAGAGCGGAGGAAGCAGCCGCUGGCCGGGGGGGUCUUCAGGGUGAGCGGGA